GUGCACUUGGCGGUCUUUAGGUCUUAAUCCUUCACUGCGAGAUCAUUCUGCACAUGUUUGUCUAGACUUGGCUCCCGAUGCAGUAUAUAUAAUCCGUCAAACCCGACGAAGGAGUGGUUGAUACUCAGCUUGUCCACCUGCAUCUUCCACACACGUUGGCUCUGGACGCCCUCGAAGUUCACCAUGACUUAUACCACCUUUUGGAAGAAGCUGUCGCCUUUACAGCUGAACAUAGCUAUCCAGACUUUCUCCCUAAUCUCCAUCUUUUUUGAAGGUUAUGACCAGGGUGUCAUGGGCGGCGUCAACAGUUCGCCCCGAUAUGUGCAGGAGGUAGGCAUUGGGACACCCGAUGGCAGAAUCAGCGACAGCUUGCACGAAGGCGGAAUUGUCUCUAUCUACUACCUCGGCUGCAUAUUCGGCUGCUUUGCUGGAGGUUGGCUAGCAGAUAGAAUUGGUCGUAUCAAUGGUCUUUGGAUCGGUUCCGUCUUUGCUCUGGUCGGCGGAGCCCUUCAGGCCGCUACGCAAUCAUCAGAUUUCAUCCUCGUCGCUCGUGUCAUCACCGGACUGGGGACAGGCGCUCUUACCGGUAUAACUCCUGUCCUUGUGUCUGAGACAUCCUCGGCGGACCAUCGUGGUGGCUACCUUGGCUACGUCUUCAUAGCCAACUACUUGGGUAUAUCUGUAGCCUACUGGCUCUCGUUCGGCCUGUCGUUCAUCAACAACGGGUACUCCGACAUUCGCUGGAGAUUUCUUCUCGCCUUUCAAUGCAUACCCGCUAUCCUGCUGCUUCUGGGUGUGAAGAUGCUCCCAGAUUCCCCGCGAUACUUGGCUUCCGUUGGUCGCUUUGACGAAGCUCGCGAAGUCCUCACCCAUGUCCGUGGCGGCUACACCCCUGAGAUUGAAAAAGAGUUUCUCGAGAUCGUCGCGGUAGCAAAGGACUCCAAGCCCAGCUCUCCCAUGCAGUUCGCUAAGAUUCUAAUGGGCAAGGGCGGCAAGCCUGGCACGCACCUGGGUCGCCGCGCUUGGCUCUGCUUGUUCCUUCAAAUAAUGGCUUCUUGGUCCGGUAUUACCGCUGUCACUGCAUACUCUCCAACGUUACUUCGCGCUGCUGGUUACUCGACACUUACCCAGAACGGCUUGGCCGGCGGCCUUAAUACCGUUGGCAUUGUCGGUACAAUCAUCUCUGCCCAAAUCGUCGACCGCCUGGGUCGCCGUACUUGUUUGAUGAUGGGAUCUUUUGGACUAUUUGCUGUCAAUCUAAUCGCUGCUUCUCUAUACGAAGCUUCUCGAUCUCAGCCUCAGAAUGCGACGAAGUUUGCACCUGCCGCUGUCGCAAUGCUGUUUCUCUUCAAUCUUGUCUACGCAUCGACCUGGGGUACCGUCGCAUUCUUGAUCCCAACAGAGAUUUGGAGCUCCGACAUGCGCGCACAGGGUAACGGCUUCGGUAUCACGGGUUGGGCUCUCGGUGUUGGUAUGACAGUUCUCGUCAACCCAGUCAUGUUUUCAAAGCUCGAAAACCGCACAUACUUCCUCUUUGCUGGACUGAACUUGCUUUGGAUUCCUGUUGUCUAUCUUCUCUACCCGGAGACGGCUGGGCGCUCCCUGGAGUCCAUUGAAGCCUUGUUUUCGACGAACAGCCCCUUCAACUGGCACAUGGAGCGAGCAUACCGCAACCAGGGUGACCUGCUUGAAACGAAGGACGAGCCUGACGUCGAAAGUUCGCUUGAUGGUGAGAAGAAUAGGUCUCUCAAGGUUGAAGCCGUCUAAGUGGCGUCUCUGCGCAUGUACAUCACCUUGUCCUUGCUAACUGGGGAGCGAGCGCACUGCACAUCGCAAGGAAUGUGAGAAUCAGAGUUCUUAUCGGAGGACUUCGGGUCGGAUCAACGAAUUAAAGACUACACGGAUAGUUUCUGAGGCGACUAUGAUGUUUAUUGGCAGCGUGAUCUUUUCGCUUGUUCUUGCGUCAAUGGCCAUGGAUUGGCGACAGGAUAAUUUGGUAAAUGUUGACACAAUUUCUCUAUGGUAAUCAAGCCUUCAUAAGACUUAUACGUUCGGAUGCCACAAGCAGAAAUAGCAAUCUUGACUUCUCAACCCUUGUGUUAUAGGUGAUAAAGAAAAU